ACUUUUUAUUUCAGACAGACAAAUGUGUAACUAACUUAUUGUAUUUGAAAAAAUGUAUUUAACAUUAUUAAAUCAAUAUUCAUGUGAACUACAAGCAGCUAUUUUAUUGUCCAUAUGCUUAGGAACAUUUUUUAUAGGAGCAUUAUUAAUCUAUUUAGUUACACUAUCUCAAAGAAGACGAAAAAAAGGAAAUGUAGAUGAAGAAAAUCUUCGAAAAUUGUUACGAUUCAAGAAUUCAUUAUGGUUGUUAAAAUCUGCUAAAGCUACAUUAGCUGGAAAAAAUGCAUUUGGAAGAUUUCUGAUACUAUCAAGAACUUUAUCAGGUUUACUUUGUAUGUGCAUAUACCUAUGGAAUGCACAUCAGAUUUUAUCAGAAAAUACUUUCUGUAUCGCUUUCACAGAACAAUGGAGAUUCUAUGUAGAAAUGAGCUGUAAUUGUAUCUUUCUCAUCAUGUUUAUUUUACGAGUAAUUUGCAUAUAAUAUUCUUUUUUUUAAUGAGUUUUCGUAUUUAACGGAAAAAUUCUAAACAUACGUGUAUAGGCUAUCGCAUCUAAUGAUUUAUUUACAACAUGGAUGUCACUGUACUCUCUGAUUGAUCAUUGCACUAUACUCUCAACUUUUUCAACAUUUAUUACAGGACGUUAUCAUUUCAUGCUUGGAUUUUUGUAUUUCGCUAGACUGACAAAAAUUCCUGAAUCAUUAGUAUUAUUAAGAAUUAUAAAUCAUGAACGUUCUAUACGUAUAGUAGAUUUAAUAUUUAAACUCUUGGCUGCAUGGACUGUUAUAGCUGGUAUUGCAUUUGUUCUUGAACACAUAGGUAAUUUUUGGACCACAGAAGGUAACAAUCAAAAACUUGAAUAUUUGGAUUGCCUAUACAUGAUCCUUGUAACAUUGGCUACCGUUGGUUAUGGAGAUAUUGUAUGUACAAGUUACUUAGGUCGUAUUUUCAUUAUAUUCGUUAUUAUUGGAACACUUGUAUCAGUAACAACACAUAUGUCAGAACUUAGUGAAUUAUUUAAACAACAUAACCAAUAUAACAAAGCGAUUUAUAUGGAGCACAAUCCAAGGCACAUAGUUGUAUGUGGAUCAAUAAACUACCAUACACUUUCAAUAUUUUUUGAUGAAUAUGUGAAUGCCGAUCAAGGCCAUUAUGAUGAAAACAUGAUGAUUGUCAUCCUGUCAGAGAUCGAUCCUGAUAUUAGUCUAACGGCGUUACUUCAGAGAGAAAGCACUACAAUGAGAUUUUUGAAAGGAUCUGUGACAUUACCAGAAGAUUUGGAAAGAGCUAAAGUAAGAACUGCUGAGGCUGUGAUUAUUCUUUCUGAUAAAUGUAGUCAAACCCCUGUUGAAGAUGACUGGAAAAAUUUAAUGUGUGUUGUUUCCAUAAAAAAUCUGUAUCCAAAUAUUCGAAUAAUUUGUGAACUUAUGUUAAUUGAAAGUAAGGUGUGGAUGUCAAAUAUACCUGGGUGGAAGGAACAUGAAAGUGACCAAUUUGAUAGAGCUAUUUGUUUAACACAGAUGAAACUUGGCUUACUGGCAUUGAAUUGUGUUUCAAAUGGGAUAUCAACUCUGUUAUGUAAUUUUAUAAUGCGUGAUUCAGUACCAACAGCUGCAGUUAGGAAAACUUUACCUCGUUGGAUAAAUGAAUAUUUUCAAGGUACAAAAUAUAAAUUAUAUACAGUAAAAUUAUCUCAUGCUUUCGAUGGGAUGAUAUUUCAACAAUUAGUUGGCUUUGCCAUGGAAUUUUGGGGUUUACUUUUGUUAGCUGUACAAGUUUAUACCAAUAAUGAUAAGAAAACUCAAAUGAUUAUCAAUCCAGGUGUACGAGUACGAAUUAAUACCCAUCGAAUGCGUGCGGUUGUUUUGGCUAAAAAUUUAAUCGAAGCACAACGCUUGAGGACUUUCUCAAUUGAUGGUCAAAUAAUGUUUGAUAAUUAUGGCCAAUUAAUAUUUUCGUCACUUAGUCGAAAUCAGGAUAAUAUAUGCGAGCAGUCAAAUACACUUUCCCCAAUUGCAAAUAGUUUUGUUAAAACAAUUCAAAUGUGUUUUAGAUUUCUUCGACAAUCAAUUGUAACUUACUGUAAAAUGAGGAAGGCCAAAGUAUUAAAAAAAGUUCCUACAUGUGCAAGUAGUUUUUCGAUGAAUUCUUAUUAUCGUUAUCCGUAUCCAGAUAGUACAAUAACUGAUUUAGCGCAAUUACAAAGACUGAAUGUAAUCGAUUUGCAGUGUGAUAGUACCGGUUUAUUUUAUUGGGUAACUGAGAGAAAAUUUUCAAAUAUAUGUUUGACGAUGAAAGAAAUGAUUCGCUGUCAGUUUGAAAAUCAUAUCAUUGUAUGCAUCAUGAAACAACCUAAAGAAAUAAAAUCAGGUUUAGCUAGUUUUGUACUUCCACUCAGAUCAACUUCGAUACCGGUCGAAGAACUGAAACCAAUAAUUAUUUUGUGUGAAGCUAAAGUUAUUGAAAAUGAAUGGCGAUCUCUGAAGAAUCUCCCAAAUAUCUAUGUCUUUUCAGGAUCUCCAUUAAACAGAGCAAAUCUUCGAGCUGCCGGUGUUGAAAGAUGUUCAACUUGUGUUGUACUUUCAUGCUCAUUUGAUAUUUCUGGAAAGCCAUCAUUAAUGAUAGAUAAAGAAAGUAUCCUAUGUACUUUGAAUAUUCGUCAAUUGUUAGCUGAUGCACAUAAAACAAAUAUUUUAAAUAUGACUGAACACAAUCAUCCUAUGCUUGUAACUGAGCUUUGUAAGUUUAUGAUAAUGUAUUACCACAAUCGAUUAAGCUUUCAUUGAAUAUCUAUGGCUAUAUUUUUUCUAAAUCUUUCAACUACAUCAUUAGAUUUCGGUAUGCGACAGUUGUAUGGAGAACAGGGUCAUACAUUUAUCGGUUAUACAAUGGAUCCAUUUUAGUUCACAGGAUCAUAUUAACCACCUAACAACAGUUCGAAAUUCACAAUGAAUAAUCAGAUGUAACAAAUACGUGAUGCGCUUUAAUGUAUUAAAGGUUAGAUUCAAAUCUAAGUAUAACAAUAAAAUAAUGAGUUAAAAAUACAGGAGACAGAGACAACAAAUUCAGAUAACCUUUUAUUCAAAUUAGACGAAAACAAAAUUAUAAAUUUGUGACAAAAGGAAAUGAGAUGAACUGAAUAUAACAAAGUAAUAUAUGAUUAUUUUAUAACACUUAUUACUUCAUCAAAAACCUUACUAAACUUGAUUUAUUGCUGACGCGAAACAAACCGUUCAUGCAUUUUCCCCAUUUCAUAAUUGUUUCUGAAGUGUAAACAAACAUUGUUACCUUUAUGAAAUUGAAUAAAGCCAAAACAACAAUUGAGGCAAAUUAAUAUGAAUUCAUUACUGAGAGGCGCAACGGCUCGGCAUUUGUUUAACACCGAGCGUACCACUGACAUUCCACAAACCUUCAAAAUUAUUAACAUAAAAAAACAGAGCAUCUCUCAGGUUCGUCGAAGCAAUAGCAAUAAAAAAACUCACAUCAGAUUUAUGUAUUCAGAAAUUGACAAUAAUAAACUUAUCACUACCUUGGUAAAUUAUUUCUGUCUUUAUCAUUAUUACAUUAGUGCUUACAUUGUUAUGUGGUCUUCCCUUAACUAACACCAAAACUAUCCCUUAACUCAUACGUUUUCAUUCAUUUAAUUCUCUUAUGUAAACUCUUCAAAUCCUGUUCCAUUAUCACGUAACUCAUCAAUUUCUAAUUCCAGUAACCUUAUGUAAAUCUUUCACAACCCCUAAAUUAUCCCACAAUCUAUCUUAUUAGUCUCUGGACCUCAAUUAAUUAAUGUAUCAUCCACCCCUUAUGUUUUUGAAUACCACCCCCAAAUGACCUCUAACAUGUUCUUGCAUGUAUAUCAGUUAUUACUGAUAACCUUUAUCGUUCUAAUUCGUUCCGCCAUCAAUGUCAUUUGUUUCACAUUAUGUCAUACCUCACUGUUACCUUUAUAUACACAAAUGGUUGUUAGCAGCUGAUAAGAAACCACAAAAUAUAAUGAAUUCAUAUUAUUCUGCCUCAAUCAUUGUUCUGGUUUGAUUCAAAGAUUGUUACAUUAGCUUAGAUUUUUGUACCUCAAUAUAAAUUUGAUAUUUUAAUGAAUCUGUUCAAAGAUCUGAAAUACUUUUAAUGUACAGUUCAUAGCAUUUUCAACUCUUUACUUUCGAAACCAACUCCUGAAUAUUGUGAUUCUGUAUACAAUAUUGGUGUAAGCAAAAUCGUUCAAAAAUAAACAUUUAUUUAGGGAGAUUCAAUGUGUUGUUUAUUUGCGACGUUUUCUAAAACACAUUUCUUCUUACCAGUCUCUUACGUACUUUACUAUUUCUUCACAAUUUUUAUCAAAACUGUUAUAUCCCGAUAAGAAUAAUGAAUGGUAAUUUUCGGGAUCCAUUUAUGGACCAAUACUAUGAGUAUAUUUUAUCGUGUAAUUGUUAUGUAACUAAACUGUUCAUAUUCAUGUCCCUGUUAUUAUGAGUUUUAUUUUGACCUAUGAACUAUUAUUAUACGACUUACCAUUCUUGAAUUAUUCCCUGCCUGUUGAUCACUACUUCCCUCGUUCACAGGCACUUUUGGUCAAAUAUUGUACAAAUGUUAUUUUCUAUUUUAUGGUACGUUGUUAUCUGCUUGAUUGGUAUAUAAACCGCGUAUGUUUGAAAUAAAUGAUUCAUAUUGCAGAGGCU